CGUUUUGAUUGAAGAAUAUAUAUAGGAAUAGAUAGCUAGUAUUCCGAUGGAUUCUUAUUCUGUAUUCUACUCAUGCAAUCCAACCACUAUAAAACAACAACCCAUUCUAUAUCCAUCUUUACUUAUUAAAUCUUUCUUUGCCUUCCUUCUCUGUCUAUCAAUACAUACAUAAUAAUGUAUCAUCGUUCCUUCUUCUUCUCCUUCUCAGUACUGAUCAUCUGUUUUAGUGGUAAAUACGUGAACGGGGACAGUGCCUUAAUUGAAAGCGUUUGUAAGAGCACAAUGUAUUAUGACCUUUGCAAGUCAUCUCUUGCCUCAAAUCCCACCAGCACAAACGCAGACACAAAAGGACUAGCCAUUAUUAUGGUUCAGAUAGGCAUCGUCAACGCCACUUCCACCAGCUCUUAUUUAUCCUCUCAAGCCCUAACUAAAACCGCCGCCGACGCCGGUAUUUCUAAUAAAUGUAAUAACAGUAGUUCUACUACGGCCCUUUCCAAGAAACUCAACAAAUUAUGCGCCGACAAGUACUCCAACGCAGCCUCUUCUCUUCAAUCCUCACUCAAGGAACUGGCUACUGACGAAUUUGAUUAUGCUUAUGUUCAUGUCAUGGCAGCAGCUGAUUACCCACGUGCAUGCCGGACAUCUUUCCGGCAGGCUCCUGGACUUGCCUACUUGCCGGAGCUUGCUUCUAGAGAGGAUGGAUUGGUUCAUAUUUGUGAGAUUGUUAUGGGUAUUCUGGAUUUUCUACUUGGCUCAGCUACCUAGAUAGCUAGCUAAUUAUAUAUUAUUAAUCUCCAUCUCUUCUCUUGCUUUCUUAAUUAAUGUAGUAGUUUAGUGUUUGUGUGUACGUGUGAGACUGUGUGUAACAUUUUUAUGUCUAAUUCAAGUCCCCCUUAAUU